AUGGCGAAAAGUUCCCGAUCAAGCACGAAAAAGGCCAACAACCGGCGCAAGGCAGAGUCGGUCUUUGGCCCAGCAGAGCUUGCACGGAACGAAAGGCUCUCCGCCAAGCUUCUGGAGCUGGCUAAGCAGCCCAGGCCAGAGCCUGCAGAUAUCAACAUGGAUGGGAGCCAUGGCGACGCCACCAUCGACGGGGACGACGGCGAUGCCGAUGCCGAUGACGAUGCGAACGUGAUGGAGCUCGAUGGCAAGAAGCCUUUCAAGACACAGACGAAAAAGAUGCGUGUCGCCAAGAGGAAUCAGAAGAAGUCCAAAAUCGUCUUCCCACGGUACAGCGACAGAGUGUCCAAGACGAAGCGUAGCUCGCGGACGACGACGAGGGAAUGA